AUGGAGCUACGCUGCGGAGGCGUAGGGAGCCAGCCUGUGGGGCGGAGGAUGGAUGGGGACACCCGAGAUGGCGGCGGCGGCAGCAAGGACGCCGGGUCGGAGGACUAUGAGAACCUGCCGACCAGCGCCUCCUUAUCCACCCACAUGACAGCCGGAGCGAUGGCCGGGAUCCUGGAGCACUCGGUUAUGUACCCGGUAGACUCAGUGAAGACCCGAAUGCAGAGUCUGCAGCCAGAUCCCAAAGCCCAGUACACAAGUGUCUAUGGAGCCCUCAAGAAAAUUGUUCGGACUGAAGGGUUCUGGAGGCCAUUGCGGGGCAUCAACGUGAUGGUGAUGGGUGCGGGUCCUGCCCACGCCAUGUAUUUUGCCUGCUAUGAGAACAUGAAAAGGACUUUAAAUGAUGUUUUCCACCACCGAGGAAACAGCCACCUAGCCAAUGGGAUAGCUGGGAGUAUGGCCACCCUGCUCCACGAUGCGGUAAUGAAUCCAGCAGAAGUUGUGAAGCAACGCAUGCAGAUGUACAACUCGCCGCACCGGUCAGCCCUCAGCUGCAUCCGGACAGUGUGGAGGACUGAGGGGUUGGGGGCCUUCUACCGGAGUUACACCACGCAGCUGACUAUGAACAUUCCCUUCCAGUCCAUCCAUUUCAUCACCUACGAAUUCCUGCAGGAACACGUCAACCCUCGUCGAGAAUACAACCCACAGUCCCACAUUAUCUCAGGGGGGCUGGCCGGGGCCAUUGCUGCAGCUGCCACCACCCCCCUGGACGUCUGUAAGACCCUCCUCAACACUCAAGAACAUGUGGCUCUAUCUCUGGCCAAUGUCAGUGGUCGCCUGUCAGGCAUGGCCAAUGCUUUUCGGACAGUGUACCAGCUCAACGGCCUGCCCGGCUACUUUAAAGGUGUCCAGGCACGUGUCAUCUACCAGAUGCCAUCCACGGCCAUUUCUUGGUCCGUCUAUGAGUUUUUCAAGUACUUCCUCACGAAGCAAAAGUUGGAGAAUCGAACUCCAUACUAA